UGCGCAUGCGCAGACGCGUUAUCAGUAUGGCUGUAGUCAGUAGUAUGGAGUGUGUGAAGAGUGUUAGAGGAGUGAUUUUAGACAUGUGUGGAGUUCUGUAUGACAGCGGAGAGGGUGGAGGACAACCAAUACACGGAUCUGUGCAAGCAGUGAAGAGGUUAAUGGAUUCUGGUCUAAUCGUUCGGUUCUGCACUAAUGAGACUCAAAACACGCGUGAGAAGUUUGUGCAGAAGUUGCAGCGCAUGGGCUUUGACAUCAGCGUGAGUCACGUGUUCUCACCUGCGCCUGCGCUCAUCCGCAUCCUUAGAGAGAGAGGACUACAGCCACACCUGCUGGUGCACGACGAUCUGCUGCCAGAGUUUGACGGUGUUGAUAGAAGUUCUGCAAACUGUGUUGUAAUCGGAGACGCUGCAGAAAACUUUUCCUACCAGAAUCUGAAUGAAGCGUUUCGUGUUCUGAUUGGACUGGAGAAGCCGCUUCUCUUUUCACUGGGUCGAGGACGCUACUAUAAGGAGACGGACGGACUGAAGCUGGAUGUGGGAGUGUUCAUGAAAGCUUUGGAGUACGCGUGUGAUAUUGAAGCGGAGGUCGUCGGUAAACCAGCACCAGGAUUCUUCCAGAGUGUGUUGAGCGACAUGAACCUCCAACCACAUGAGGUGGUGAUGAUCGGUGAUGAUCUGGUGAAUGAUGUCGGUGGCGCUCAGUUUUGUGGUAUGAAGGGAGUUCAAGUCAGAACCGGGAAAUUCAGGCCGAGCGAUGAGAAUCACCCGAGCGUGAAAGCAGACGCAUGCGCAGACAACCUCGCCGCCGCUGUGGACGCCAUACUGACACACCAUCAAUAACUGAUCUGAGAUCUGUGAUUAAAAUAACAUUAAUAAUUGGAGAUGAGGAAUGAUUUACUGUCUGUCAUGUAGCUGCACUGAUUAUAUAUACAAACAAUAAUAUCCUAGUUUUAUUUCACCCCAAAAUCAAAAGAAUUAUUAUUAUUAUUAUAUUUAGAUAUUUUACAUGGUGACAUUUUCAUGUCAAGAAGGCACGUUUAACCCCCCCAAAAUGUUGGGACGCAAUAAUCUUUAAAAACACUUGCAUAAAUCAAUUUAAAUGGUUUAUAAUGUACAAUUGUUUUACACGAUCAUAAUGAGAAUUUGGAGAUUUAAAUCAGUUUGUCACAGUCUGCAAACAUAUAAUCAUUUUUGUCAUUUUUCUUUAUACAGUAUAUCAUUUAUUUCUUUGUAUUUCAGGGUGAAAUCUGAUUUGGACGUGUUGUUGUUUCAGAUUGUUUUAGUUAAACUGAUCUUCAUUCAGGACAAUAGCUGGAAAUCUCUCAUAUCCUUGAGAAGAUCUCAGCGUGCAGGAAUUCUUUAUAAACGGCCGUAUGAUGUUGAUAUUUGCUGUCAGACAUGAAACACUGCAGAACAAACUUCAUGAAGAUCUUUUGUCAAACUGGAGCAGAAGUCAAACACAAACAGCCUUUUGUGUUGAGAUGGGAUGUGUGUGUGUUCAGGAAGGAAAGCGUCUCAUUAUUAAACAACAGACACUCCUCUAGUGGAACAGUCUUAAUGUCUGAACUUUUGUGUUAGAUUGGAAGACUAAUAAAAAGCAGAUGUUUCAGUA